UUCCUCCAGAUGUACAUCAUGAAUUGGUUCUUUGCUAUGGAAUCCUGCACAUUCAUGGUCAUGGCCUAUGACCGCUAUGUGGCCAUCUGCCACCCACUGAGGUACCCAUCCAUCAUCACUGACCAAUUUGUAGCCAAGGCUGCCAUUUUUAUUUUGGCCAGGAAUAGUAUUGUUACAAUGCCUAUCCCCAUUCUAUCAUCCCAACUCCAUUAUUGUGGGACAAAUGUCAUUGACAAUUGCAUCUGUGCCAAUAUGUUUGUCUCCAGGCUCUCUUGUAAUGAUGUCACCAUUAGUCGCAUCUACCAGUUUGUUGCAGGCUGGACACUGCUAGGAUCUGACCUCAUCCUCAUCUUCUUCUCCUACACCCUCAUAUUGCGAGCUGUGCUGAGACUCAAGGCAGAAGGUGCUGUGGCCAAGGCCCUGAGCAUAUGUGGCUCCCACUUCAUCCUUAUCCUCUUCUUCAGCACCAUCCUUCUGGUCUUCGUGCUCACUCAUGUGGUGAAGAAGAAGGUCUCGCCUGAUGUUCCAGUCUUGCUCAACGUCCUCCACCAUGUCAUCUUCUCAGCCCUCAACCCCGUUGUGUAUGGAGUGCGGACCCAGGAGAUCAAGCAAGGAAUCCAGAGAUUACUGAAGAAAGUGUGCUAA